AUGAAUCCCAGAAUCGGCGUCGGCGUCUUCGUCUUCAACAACCAGGGACAAUUCCUCAUCGGCAAACGCAAGGGCAGCCACGGAUCAGGCACCUGGGCUCUCCCCGGAGGCCACCUAGAGUUCGGGGAGUCCUUCGAAGAAUGCGCCGCACGGGAGAUCCUCGAAGAGACGUCUCUCGAGGUGCGCGAUAUCCAGUACAUGACUGCAACCAACGAUAUCAUGGAAGCAGAGGGGAAGCAUUAUGUGACUAUCUUCGUUGGGGCCCGUGUUGUCGAUGGGAAGCAGGAGGCAGUGAUCAUGGAGCCGGAGAAAUGUGAAGAGUGGCAGUGGGUUACGCUGGACGACGUCUGCGGUUUUUAUGAAGCGUAUGAUUCCGCCGAGAAGGAGGGCACCAUCGAUGCCUUCCAGGGGCGGAGGCUGUUCAUCCCGAUUCUGAAUCUGUUCCGGCAGCGGGGUGAUCUGCUCGAGUCGCUCGUUUCUGGCUUGUGGUGA